AUGGCUACGUCCGAUAUUGAAAUGACUGGUACGAAGCGGUCGGGAGAAGAAAUCGGCAAUGUCUAUCGGAAAAAGUUCAAAGCUUCGGAGCUGCCGAUCUCUCCUGGCCAGCGCGCAGCCAUUGAUAAUUUGCUUUACUCUUUCAAGAAGAAGGGCGGAUUUGAUGCUGCGCGGAAGAAAAUAUGGGCUGAAUUCAAUAAUGAUAGUGCGAAGAAGUCUUUUAUCGUAUCUUUAAUUGAAAUGGCGGAAUCUGAAAUUGAACGUGACCCUUCGCUAUUAUCCCGCGAGAGGGGUAAAGCUGCUACGCUUAUAGAAGGCGCUGUGGAUCGAAGCGAUCUCUACAAGAGUGUAGAAAACGCAAUAGAUGCAUUGUCUGCCAACUGUCUUGAGGAAAUCCUCGACACCCUUAGAAGUAUUCGUCGGCAGGAAGUGGGCGAGGAGAUUGCUACGGCAGAGCAACGAAAGGGCAAUACUACAGAUGAGGAAUACGCCCGCUUGGUAGAAGCUAAGAGGCAGGAGAGGGAAGAAGCAAGAUUGAAGGAACUAGAAAUGAAGAAAAAACUCGAAGAAGAACGCGCCAAGGCUGAAGCAGAAGAACGACAGAGACAAAGAGAGCUCCGGAGACAGCAAAAGGAAGCUGAACGAAAAGAACGUGAAGAGCGCGAGGAAAAGCGUCGUGUCGAGCGCGAGAAGCGGCGCGAAGAGGAAAGGAAACUUGAAGAACAAAGAGAAAAAGAGCGCGAAGAGCGGAGAAGGCGACGAGAUGAAGAAGAGAGAGAGCACCGAGAACGCAGGCGCGAGGAGCGCGAAAGGGAACGAGAGAGAGAAAGAGAACGUGAAAGAGAAGACGAUCGACGCCGUGACGAGCGCGAUCGCGACCGUGGGAGAGACCGUGAUAGAGAUUGGAAUCGUGAUGUAAAAUCUGAGCGAACACCCAAAAAGGAACGGUCCGAUACCCCAAGGGAACCCUCUCAACCUCCCGCACCUGUGGACGAAAAGGCUUUGGAAGACGAAGCUCUAGAACUUCUUCUCAAGGAGGGGAAGGAGCUUGCCGCCAAAUCCCGGCAACGUCCUGAAUUUGAUUUUGAGAAAGCAGAAGCGUUGGAGAUGGAAGAGCAACAAGCCCAAGCACCACAUCAGGCGCAAACACGAACCAGCAUCCCUUCUCGUCCAAAAACAGAACGAGCAUCUGAUCAUACAAUACGAGAAGCUACUGAAGAUCGGUACGACAGGUACCGAGGCCGACAACGUGAUGAUUCCAGAAGCAGGUCGCGAACUAGGCGAUCGUCGCGCUAUGAAGAUGACCGAUAUCGUUGGAGGGACUCUGACAGGAGAGAUUCUGAGAGAAGAGAUCGUGAGAUGGACCUAUAUCGACCAUCACGUGAGAGACAUGAUCGAGAUGAUCGGUCAGAUACGCGGAGGAGGAGUCGUGCCCGGAGCCGAACGCCUAUCCGGGAUCGAGAUCGAGGCGACGGCUAUCGGCCUCACGAUAGAGAAGGGGAAAGAGAGAAAGACUCAGAUAGGGACUUCAAUCGGGACCGGGACAGGGACAGGGACAGGGAGAGGGAUAGGGACAAGGAGAGAGAAAGAGAAAGAGAAAGGGAAAACGACAGAGAUCAGGAUAAGGAAAGAGGGAGGGAUAGGGAUAGAGACCGAGAUAGGAACCGGGAUCGGGAUCGGGAUCGAGACUGGGAUCGAAGUGACCGUAGCUAUCGUCCCCGCGCUUACUCUCAUUCGCGGUCACGUUCACGUUCACGGCGUCGAAGAUCAAGGUCUCGGGUUCGUUCCCGCUCUCGCUCCCUGACACGCAGGGGCCGGGAGGAGAGAGACCGCUCUGAGUCCCGCAGGCGACUAUCUCGUCGAUCUAGAUCGCCUAACCAGCUCGAUAUUGACCGCUAUGUGCCACCGACCUCUACUCGAAGUCGCUCGCCUAAACGAAGGGUUCGCUCACCGGAGCGGGACAGAACAUGGUCCGAUAGGGACCGCGUUCGUGAUCGGUCCCGUGAUCGGGACAGAGACUGGGAUAGAGAUCGCGAGCGCGAUCACGAUCGAAGCCGGAUAGAUCGGUAUAUCCCUGGUGGUGGCUCUGUCGUUGGCAGUGCGAGUUCAGUCCGUGGCUCGAGUGUUGAUAAAGAUGAUCGCAGGAGUAGACGGAGAAGCCGGAGCCGCUAG